AUGGAUUCUAGGCUGCUGAUUGGACCGGGGAUGCCCACACCGGACCCGACCACCCGGGCACCCUGGAACAUCAGCUCCAUCAGUCCGCAGCGGCUCGUGGAGCUGUCACCGGUCACCACAACUGGCUCCAUAGUUCCAAGCCACGUGUUUCCGACAGUCGACGUCCCAAACCAUGCUCACUACACCAUUGGUGUUGUCAUCAUGGCUGUGGGCAUCACAGGCAUGCUGGGAAACUUCCUGGUCAUAUAUGCUUUCUGCAGGAGCCGGAACUUGCGGACGCCUUCCAACAUCUUUAUCAUUAACCUGGCAGUCACAGACUUCCUCAUGUGUUUCACCCAGACGCCCGUCUUCUUCCUCACCAGCAUGCACAGGCGAUGGAUCUUUGGGAAGAAAGGUUGUGAGUUGUAUGCCUUUUGCGGAGCGCUGUUUGGUAUCUGCAGUAUGAUGACACUGAUGGUGAUUGCGCUGGACCGGUAUGUGGUGAUCACCAGGCCUCUGGCAUCUCUCGGGGUGAUGUCUCGCAGGAAAGCCCUUAGCAUCUUGGCUGUUGCCUGGGUCUACUCCAUGGGCUGGAGCCUCCCCCCCUUCUUUGGCUGGAGUGCCUAUGUCCCGGAGGGUAUGAUGACGUCCUGCUCCUGGGACUACAUGACGUUCACCCCUUCGGUCCGCUCCUACACGAUGCUGCUCUUCACCUUCGUCUUCUUCAUCCCUCUCUCCAUCAUCAUCUUCUGCUACUUCUGCAUCUUCAGGGCCAUCCGAGAAACAACACGAGCGAUAGAAAAGAUCAACGGUGUGGGAAACAGAGACUCAGCGAAGAGGCUCCACAAGAUGAAGACUGAAUGGAAGAUGGCGAAGAUUGCGCUCAUCGUCAUCCUGCUGUUUGUCAUCUCCUGGGCCCCUUACUCCUGUGUGGCCCUCACUGCAUUUGCUGGGUACGCUGACAUGUUGACUCCCUACAUGAACUCUGUUCCUGCUGUGAUCGCCAAAGCAUCUGCAAUCCACAACCCCAUUAUAUACGCUAUUACACAUCCAAAAUACAGGUCAGCUCUCGGCAGGUACAUCCCCUACCUGGGGGCGUUGCUAUGCAUUACUGGCAGGGACCGUCUAAGCAGCAGCUUCCAGUCCACCCGCCGCUCAACCCUGACCAGCCAAUCAGAGAGCAAAGCUCCCAGCAAGGCCCACCACUCCUACCAGUCGGAGAGCGAAUCAGCCCGUUUCUCAGACACGGAGGACGACUGCUCCUCUCGGACGACGGUCACUCGUCAGUUGCCCGCUGAUGUCAAACAGGUGCGCCAUGCAAGCCAGAGGUUAAAGAGAGGUUGCAGCCCAGGAGAGUUCGAGAGAACGGCCGCCCUCAACCCCACCGACCCAGCCAUAUGUCACCUCUCACAGAUCACUACUCUGACAGAGCCUGAGGACAUCUCCAUGUCGGACAUCAGUCUGCAGCCAACCAGUCAUCUGCAUGCUACUCUGGAUAACGUGAUGGCGGCGACGGGGACAAGGAAUGCCUGUAAAACAACAUCAUCGGUCAUCGUCACCUCUAUAUCCAGCCCGUCUAUACUGAACAGUCCCCCGGGUUUUCAUGGCAACUACAAACUGAACAAAACGUACAGCCCGGCCGUCAAUGAGCCUCUUGACGUAGCCCGGCUGGAGACGACAGUGUUGCAAUGA